GUUUUUUUCUUAACUUUGCUCUAAUUGGCCGAAAUUGAAUACGCGGUUUCGUUUUAUAAUUCCUCUCUCUUCUUUCUCUUUUCCUUUUUUUUGUCUGCAUAUAUAACACUAUUAUCAUGGUAUCUAUCUCUAUUACAUUUUAAAAGAUGCUAAUAUAUAUGUAUCUGUCCACCAAAGUCAAAGCCAGUAAUGUAUAUCAGAGCUAAAAGAGCCAGAACAAUUUUAUUUUUAUGCGUUGAACCAACCAACUCACUUGAAGAAGUCAAAACAAAGCUAUGUCAAGCGUUAGACAAUAAGAAGACAAGCGAUGAAGUGAGACUAUUUGUUGACGCAAAAAACAAGGGCGAAUAUACAUUGUUAGAGAACCCUAAAGUUUUAGAGAAUAAUGAUGUAGUUUAUUUUGUUUAUUUUGAUCGAGAAGAAGGUCAAUGGGAGAAUGUAAACAUUAUAGAGCCAGAGUUAUUAGAUGAUGACGCCUUGGAAGAAGAAGCCCCACUACCUCCUACUACUACGAAAAAAGAAAAAGGAAAAGGUAGAGCUUAAAUUGAUUGUCACAAAAAAAAUUGCUUAGAAAAUAAACACUGCAAAUGUAUGUUUUAUGUGUGAUACAGCUGCUUUUUCUUCCUGUUCUUUUUCUUUCUUUUUUCUUGUAUUCAGCUAGAAAAUGUCAGCCAUUAGUCGAUAUCUA